AUGGAGGAUUCACUUGUGCCGGCGGUCCCUUUCAUGGGCAGUGCUGCUCAUCAGCGGGCUAUUGUGGCUCGACUAGUGCGCAUUGCGGAACUGGCUGUCAAAAGACCUAUGGUCGCUGCACCUGACGUGCGGACGGAGCCAUUGCCAAAACGGGUAUUAUCAAGAGAGGGCAAACACGGUGUUGUUCUAGUGACUUUAUCAGAUACACUCAGCAAAUCAAAGAUACAAAUCUUGGUUUCAGCACUUUUACUGUUGGCGUGA